AUGCGUACUUUUCUCAGUCUGGCUAUGGCCUCCGUGGCCACUGCCCACUUCACGCUCGACUGGCCUGUAAACCGCGGCUUCAAUGAAGACACCAUGCCCACCUUCCCCUGCGGCGGCUUCGACACUCCCUCGUCCAACCGCACCGUCAUCUCCCUAGACGCCGACACGCUCCCUGUUGACAUUACCUUCCACCACUCCCAGACCGCCGUCUCAUACCUUCUCGCUCUCGGAACCGACCCGGGUUCCAACUUCAACAUUACCCUCAGCCCAACCCUUGCUGCGCAGGGACUCGGCGAAUUCUGCUUGCCCAAUAUUAAAUUGUCGUCCCUCAACCUCACCGAUGGUCAGAACGCUACUUUGCAAGUGGUGACUGACGGAGAUACCGGUGGUGGUCUGUUCGCUUGCGCCGACAUCACUUUCUCGUCUUCCCUCACCAAGAACAGCCCUACGUCAUGCACCAACGGCAGCUCUGUCUCCGCAAGUGCUCUCUCCGGUGCUGAUGGUGCCCGAAUUGCCAACCUCUCCAAUUCCGACGGAAGCGCACAGAGCGCCACCACAAGUUCCUCCUCGACUUCUGGCUCGACAAGCGCUACAGCCAGCGCGUCAUCGAGCACUCACACCGGCGCUGCCAUGACUCUGCAGACUGCCAGCUGGGGUGUUUUGGGAUCUGCCUUUGUCGCCUGUCUUGCGCUUCUCUAG